AAAGAGAACCGUUGCAGUCUCCGCCAUUACAGGUUUCUGUGCUUCUCUACAGUCUUUCAGAUCUGGAAACGUUAAAGUUCUUCUUCUUUAGUAGCAUAUAAUCUACAGCCUAAUGAAAAUGUAUUAAUCAGAUACAGUCGGUAUUAAGAUCUGCUGGUAUUUAGCGGGGUUUGUUCACACUCAUCGCUGUCUGUCUGUCGGUCGGGAGGGUGUGAUUCAGAAACAACAGCGAACAUUAAUAAUAUUCAUCGAAAUCAGGUUUUGCUGGAAUCAACAGUAUGAAGAACAAUUUCAGAUUAUUUCAGAUUGUUCUACUAAUGUGGGGAGUGUUUGGUGCUGGAACAGAUGAAGUGAAGAUAGUGAUAGUGAUGGAGGGAGAUUCAGUCACUCUAAACCCUGAUCUUACUCAAAUACAGGGAAUUAAUCAGAUGAUGUGGAGGUUUGGAGACUCACGUUCAGUCAUUGCUCAAAUCGAGGAAAAUGAGAUUUCACUGUCUCACAAUCUCCCUGAGAUGUUCAAAGACAGACUGAAGCUGGAUCAGACUGGAUCUCUGACAAUCACAAACAUGAGAACUAAACACUCUGGACUUUAUAGACUAGAGAUCAACCACAGAACUGGGACCUUAUAUUUGAAUUUCAGUGUUACUGUCUAUGAGUCUCCAGCUGUUAUUGGUGCCGGUGGAUCUGAAAUGAAGAGUGUAUCAGAGACGGAGGGAUAUCCUGUCUCUCUUCUGACUGAUACUGAAACACACGGAGAUGAGCUGAUAGUGUGGAGGUUUGGAGAUGAAGGAAAACUCAUAGCUAAACAUGAUCUAGAGGCCAAGAGUCCACCAUUAUAUGAUCCUGAUGAGAGAUUCAGAGACAGACUGAAGCUGGAUCAUCAUACUGGAUCUCUGACCAUCACAAAGACCAGAUUAUCAGACUCUGGAGUUUAUAAAGUGAAGAUCAGCAGCAGCAAACAGACUUUACACAAGAAAUUCACUGUUACUGUCAGCGUACCAGCUCUGUCUUCAGCUGCUGUAGCAGGGAUUGUUGUUGUUCUGCUGGUAUUAUCCGCUGCUGCUGGUGUUUUUUACUAUCGUCACAAAGUCUCUGAACUACAAAAGCAAAUGUUGAAGACAGUCAUAGAGAGAGAAUCUGUCACUCUAACCCCUGGCAUUGAAAUAAACAAAGAUGAUCAGAUACAGUGGCUGUUUGGAGAUGAAAAGAAGACUGUCAUAGCUGAAAUCCAAAGAGGGACUGGAGAGAUCACUGUUCCUGAUGGGAGAUUCAGAGACAGACUGAAGGUGGACAAGAAGACUGGAUCUCUGAUCAUCACAGACACCAGACCUGAAGACACAGGAGUCUAUGAACUGAGGAUCAGAGGAGGCAGAUUUGUACAGAACAUGUGCAGAAGACUUGUGCAGAACUUGAACAAAAAAUUCAUCGUUUAUGUCAAGGAUGAACAGAAGUCAGUGUCAGUGAUGAAGGGGAAGGAUGUGACUCUACGUGUCAAUCCUGAAAUACAGACAGGAGAUAAGAUAUUCUGGAUGUUUGGAAAUUGUAACUAUCUCUUAGCUAAAAACACAGAAGAGAAGUGUGAAGAAGAGUCUAGGUACACUGAUCCUAGAUUUACAGACAAAGUGGAUCUGAAUCAUCAGACUGGAGAUCUCACCAUCAAGACAAUUGAAACUUUCCACACUGGAAAAUACAAACUAAAGAUCAUCAGAAAUGGCAAAUCCUCAUUCAAGAUAUUCAAUGUUACUGUUUCUGGACCAGUGAAUAAAUCAGUGCUGAAGGGACGUCCUGUUACUCUGAACUAUGAUACUGAUAUACAGAAGGAUGAUAAAAUACAGUGGAAGUUUGGAGAGAAACUCAUAGCUGAAAUGACUGGAGAGAACCGUGAGAAUCCUCAAUGGACUGGUGAAUUCAGAGACCAAAUGAAGCUGAACCCUCAGACUGGAUCUCUCAUCAUUCAACAAACCAGACCUGAACACUCUGGAUUAUAUAAACUAGAGAUCAAUACUAGUGAUUAUUCAACAUCCAUACUCUUCGAUCUUAUCGUCUGGGAUGAAGAGAAGUCAGUGUCAGUGAUGAAGGGGGCGGAUGUGACUCUACAUGCUGAAAUACAGACAGGAGAUAAGAUAUUCUGGAUGUUUGGAGAUGACAACAGUCUUGUAGAUAAAAACACAGAAGAAAAGUGUGAAGAAGAAAUUGCUUAUCGUGAGUCUGAGUACAGUGAUGAUAGAUUUACAGACAAAGUGGAUCUGAAUCCUCAGACUGGAGAUCUCACCAUCAAGACAAUCAGUAUUUUCCACGCUGGAGAAUACAAACUAAAGAUCAUCAGAAAUGGCAAAUCCUCAUUCAAGUUAUUCAAUGUUACUGUUACUGCUCAAGUGAAUGAAUCAGUGCUGAAGGGACGUUAUGUCACUCUGAAGUGUAAUACUGAAAUACAGAAGGAUGAUAAAAUACAGUGGAAGUUUGAAGAGAAACUCAUAGCUGAAAUGACUGGAGAGAACCGUGAGAAUCCUCAAUGGACUGAUGAUGAAUUCAGAGACCAAAUGAAGCUGAACCCUCAGACUGGAUCUCUCAUCAUUCAACAAACCAGACCUGAACACUCUGGAUUAUAUAAGCGAGUGAUCAAUACCAGAGAUUAUUCAACAUUCAGACUCUUCGAUCUUAUCGUCUGGGAUGAAGAGAAGUCAGUGUCAGUGAUGAAGGGGGCGGAUGUGACUCUACAUGCUGAAAUACAGACAGGAGAUAAGAUAUUCUGGAUGUUUGGAGAUGACAACAGUCUUGUAGAUAAAAACACAGAAGAAAAGUGUGAAGAAGAAAUUGCUUAUCGUGAGUCUGAGUACAGUGAUGAUAGAUUUACAGACAAAGUGGAUCUGAAUCGUCAGACUGGAGAUCUCACCAUCAAGACAAUCAGAGUUUUCCACACUGGAGAAUACAAACUAAAGAUCAUCAGAAAUGGCAAAGCCUCAUUCAAGAUAUUCAAUGUCACUGUUUCUGAUGAAGAGGAGAUGAAACCAUUGAUGAAGGACUCCACAGAAAAACAAAAGAAUGAAUCAGUGACUGUAGUGAUGCCGCUGCUGAAAGCAGAGGAUCUGGAUGGAGUGAAUGAGAAGGAUAGUUCACUUUAAUGAGAUAAGACACGCCCACCAGUGUCAGUCACUCUGAUAUCAUCAACACUUCAGCUCCAACAACAAAAACACAUUUCUGCUUUCAUAAGCCUCUAGAAUCCGUCCAGUUACAGUGAGAAAUGAACCCGUGUCUGUUGAGAUGAUGAACCUGCAUGUAAAAAGCUUCUGUGGUUUAUAUGAACCAAGAAACAUAGUAAUCAAACACUUUCUUCUAUCAUUUAAUAAUGUUACACUUCAUACCUGUACCUCUGUUAACACAAUACUAGUGUGAGUCUCACAGCUUUGACUGUGUGAUUAUCAACAGUGAGUGUGAGGAAUAUGAUUUUCAUAAGAUGUUUUACCAUAUUAUUUGAAUGUGAUGUUUAAUGUAAUUAACACCAGUGCCAGAUUAAUGUUCAUGUUCAGAACUAAUCACAUGUCUUUGAGAUCACAUGACCUUCUCUUCAUGUGUAGAAAUUCAUUAGCUUCGACCAUUCAGUGUUAUUCAGCGACAAUAUUAUUGUAAACAUAAUAAUAAUAACCAACUACUUAAGUUUUUUGCUAUAUGAUGUAUUUAUGCUUGAAUAUAUCAAAGAUAUGAUGUGACGUGAAUCUACAUGUCUGAUUGUAAAUGUGAUUUGAAUUUAAAGUGACUUUAUAUUCAUGCUGAAGCACUUAAAAGUAGCCUUAUUGUACUUCUCACAAAAAAAGAAAAAUGGAAAAAUACAUUUUGUAUACUAUUGUGGUGUUGUAUCUUAUUUUAUUAUUUUUUUUAGAAGCAUGUUAUUAAUGAAUAUUUGAAUUUAUAAUGCCUUUAUAUUCAUGCUGAAGCACUUAAAGUACUUACGCCUUACUGUACUUCUCAAAAAAAAAAUUAAAAAAAAUGUUUUUGUUCAGAUCUAAUAUUUAGUGCCAUGAUACCACAUUGUGGUGUUUCUUGUGUUUUAUUAUUUUUUUAUAAGCAUGUGAUUGAUGAAUAUUGCUGUACUGCUGAUCUUAAUGUCUGAUCUCUUCUGUCCUCUAGUGGACAAACACUGAUACAGCUUUUGCUUCCUAAUAAAUCUUUUAACAUGAA